AAGAAACACAACUACUGUUAUCUAGCUUUCGAAAGAAGCUUCUUCUAUAAGUGCAUUUUCUAAGGAUGCCCAAAAAAUUUAAAGGAACAAAUUCAAAGGCUGAGGAAGCUAGAGCUAGGAAAGAUGCUGCUAGACUUGCGGAAAAAGAAAGAAAACAGAAGGAAGAAGAAGAUAGGUACUGGGAGGAUAAUGACAAACAUGUAAUGAGGAAACAGCAAAGGAAGGAUGAUAAAGAACGCAAACGGCAGGAAGCAACAGAGCGCAAGGUAGCCAACCAAGAAGCCCUGAAAGCUGAGGAAAGUGAAUCGUCAAAGUCAGGUCCAAGUGUUCGUCCUAAAAUGACAGUUGCAGAGAUUCAGGCAGAACGUGAAAGAAAAGCUGCUGCAGCUGCCUCUGCAACUGCUAAAACUAAAAAAGCAGAUGAGGAAACUAGGGAUGUUCUUGAAGAAAAUCCUAAUCAGCAGAUGGCAGCACUAAUGGCAGCUGAGGGAUCUGUAGAAGCACGCUCUGUAGAAGAUGCCAUAGCGGUAUUGAAUGUCAGCAAAACUACUCCCACUGACCGACACCCGGAGAAGAGAAUGAAAGCUGGAUAUAAUGCAUUUGAAGAGCGUGAACUGCCAAAGCUUAAAACAGAAAAUCCUAACAUGCGGUUAUCUCAGAUAAAACAAUUACUCAAAAAGGAAUGGAUGAAAUCACCAGAAAAUCCCAUGAACAUGGUUUAUGCCAAAAGGACAUAGCAAUUUAUACACUCGGAAUUUAUCAUUGGUAAUAUCUCAAAGUCUGUCUGUUGUGGUCACUUAACUUUUUCAGUUGCCUAAGUGUCAAAGUAAUCCUGUAGUACAACGUUGCAUAUUUGAGAAUAUAAGGUAGUGUGAUAGUUAACAGAAAUUGUCUUGGUUGAAUAGAUUAUAGCAUAACAUUCUGUAAAUGGAAAUGAAAUAAUAAUGUCGUGGCUCCUGAAACUAGAGUCGUGUCAUCCAGACUUUUCAGUAAUGUCUUUCUUAUAAGCUCAGACUUAUGGACUGUAAAUAAAGUAAGUUGAGGAAUCUCUA